UGAACUGAUGAAGUAGUAAAAAAUGUGCUGGUGAAAUAUAUAAGUAAAUGUAUGUUGCGUAUAUAAAUAAUAAGGUAUGGAAAAAAAUGAAACAAAACUCGACAGUACAUAAAAUAACAGUCUGAUGUGUAUGACACACAACUGCGUUGUCAGACCGGAUUCUAGUAUCGUAGAUGUUGAAAUUUCUCUACCUGUAAUUGGACAGUAUUUUUAUACCAUUACAACAAUUUUACUGUCAAUAAAAAUUAAACCACCGAGGAUAAGAUAAUGAGUAAUAGAUCUCAGAUAUCAUACAUAAAUAAUCUAUCAGUUGAUUGAUAAAUUCAAUUACUGAUAAAUCAUUCAUUUUAAAAACCAUUAUUUUUAAUUAUAAACGUCAAAUUUCAUUGAACAAAACUUGAUGAAGCUGAUGGAACCCCUGGGUAUUGCCCCCGAAACCGUAGAAUUACGUACGUUAACACGAUGGUCAGAGGUACCAGUCCAACAUCGUUAUACAGAUUAUUCAAAUUCAUUGGGAGAAGAAGCAAAUCAUUUUACGGAUUCUCCUUUUUCCUGUCAAAAUUCAAUAAACCGCAAGAUUGCAUUAUGGACUGGUGAUAUAUCAGUGUUACAAGUUGAUGCGGUGGUAAAUCCUACCAAUGAAACUAUGAAUGACAAUAGUCCUACGUGCCAAAAAAUAUUUUCACGAGCUGGCCCAGCGCUUAAUAUUGAAAUUGAUAAUGACAUUAAAGAAUGUAAAACGGGUGAAGUAAGAGUUAGUCAAGCUCAUAAUUUACCUGCGCGUUAUAUUAUUCAUACAGUUGGGCCAAUUUAUCAUGUAAAAUAUCAAACUGCAGCUCAAAAUACCCUUCAUUGUUGUUAUAGAAAUGUUUUGCAAAAAGCUAGAGAAAUGGGACUGCGUACAAUUGCAUUACCUGUGAUUAAUUCAGUUCGUCGUAACUAUCCACCCGAUGCCGGAGCACAUGUUGCACUUCGUACAAUACGUCGUUUUUUAGAACAAUAUAAUGAUUCAAUUGUCUGCAUUGUUCUUGUUCUUGAGCCUUGUGAUCUGGGUAUUUACCAAAUUCUUCUGCCACUUUAUUUCCCGCGUAAUUAUGAAGAACAAGAUAAUGCUUGUUGGCAAUUACCAAGUGAUAUUGGAGGUCCCGAUGGUGAACCAUUAUUGCCUGAUCGACAAAUUCGUAUAAUAGAUAAUCCUCAACAUACACUCCACAGUGAUGAAACUAUUGAAUUGUCGAGUCAGCUGGAUACAUCAUUGAGUCUUGGUGAGCAUGCAUUUACCCAGAUGCACGGAGAUUUAGAUAGACAAAGGCUUCUUGGAGAACGACCACUUACUGAUCCUAUUGCUGAUAUUAUGAUCAAGCAGAUGCAGCAAAAAGAAAGGUAUGAAAGAUUGCUGAGACGAGCAAAAACGGAAGAUCUAACGGAAGUCUCAGGGAUUGGGUGCCUUUAUCAGAGUGGUGUUGAUCGACAAGGAAGGCCAGUUGUCAUUUUUGUUGGUAAAUGGUUUCCAGCAACAAAAAUAAAUUUAGAUAAGGCCUUACUAUAUUUGAUACAGCUUUUAGAUCCCAUUGUCAAAGGUGACUACGUCAUAGCCUACUUUCAUACUCUUACAACCAAUAACAAUUACCCCAGUUUUCGUUGGUUACGUGAAGUAUACGAUGUGCUUCCUUACAAAUAUAAAAAAAAUCUAAAACAUUUCUACAUCAUCCAUCCUACUUUUUGGACCAAGAUGAUGACCUGGUGGUUUACAACAUUCAUGGCACCAGCAAUUAAACAAAAAGUUCACAAUUUACCUGGUGUUGAAUAUUUAUACGAAGUAAUGUCUCCAGAUCAAUUGGAAAUUCCGGCUUACAUUACGGAAUACGAUAUGACGAUCAACGGUAUGAGGUAUUAUCAACCCAAUCAAUCUCCAGAUUCAUUAACGUAAUUACAAGACAUCAGUGUGCAUUUUUUUCUUUAAUUCAUCAAAAAGAAAAAAAAACAAAUUGGCUGUUUGUAUAUCGUCGCCUUUGCACACGCUAGCCUUACCCCCAGUUAUUUGUUUAAUAGAUAAAUACUGGGAAUUCUUUGCCCAAAUGAAAAAGUAUAACGAUCGUAAAAAAGAGUGUGAGCUCAAAAAAUAGUAGUUUGAUAAAAAAGGAAAAUUAUAUAUAUAUACAUAUAUAUACAUCAGGAUGGGCUAAAAAAAAAACUAAUUUGUUUUCUUUAGUUACUAUCAAAAUAUCAUUCAAAAUGGCUCAUUGUACAGAUAAGCUCAGGAUAUAUUUUUGUAGGGAAUUGAAUGUUCUACAAAAAAAGUCUCUUAUCAUUUUUUGAUAAAUCUAUGCGUUCAAAAGUUAUUAGAAUUCGAAGUCAAAUUUAUAGUAAAUUUUGAGAUAUUUUUACUUUUCCAGCGAAACUAUCAGACCUAUCACAAAAUGUCAUAAGACCUUUUUUGUAGACAAUUUUAUUCCCUACAAAUUAUUUCUCAUAAAGUUUUUCCGAAUUCCAUAUUGUUUUAGAGUUAUUUGCAUUUUAAUGUCAAGCUCUUUAAACCGAUCAAAACUCUACUUUUUUGAAGAGCUUUAGAGAAAAAAAAUUAGUUCUUUUUUUUUUUGCUCACCCCAAUAUAUAUUAGGGUGAUCGUUAAAAAUUAAAUUUUCUCAGGCCCAUAAAAAGCUUCUUCUUAGUGAAGAAAUAAGUGGGGAAUUUUUUUAUUUUUCGAUACAGGCGCAGUUUUUUAAAAAUAUCUCAUGAAAUAUGCAGAUUAGAGGAAAAAAUCAUAGGAACAAUUUUGUAAGGAAUUAAAUUCUUGACAAAAGAGGUGAUAUUCAUUUUUUUAUAAAAUGUGUAUUUAUGAAGAUAUUUUUAAAAAAUUUUUUUAGAUCUGAUGAAUUGUGCGUUAUAAGGAUUACAUAUAUUGAAAAUAAUAUUUUUCUAAGUUUAUAGAAACUCUAACAAGCAUUAAUAUUAAUGUUAUGAGUUACAUUGUCUAUAUUUAAGAAAAAACGUUAUUUUCAACAUUCGUAAUCUUUUAAGGAGGUUCGACGGACACUAGUGAGUCGAAGUAGUGUUUGAAUUUUUUUGUUUGCUAAAUUCUCCUAGUAGUUAUGAAAAUUCAUUAUUUUAAUUUAUAAUAACAUAACAAAUUCAUAAAUUAAUAUUUAUUACUUAUCUAAUUAUAAAAAUUAAUGAAAUGACCUUAUUAUUUUUGACUCAUAUAAUUUGAUAAAAAGAUUUGGCAACAGCGCGUUCUAAGUUCUUACACAUCGAUAUUCAAAUUAAAGUGGGAAAAAUUUAUUUUGAAUCUUGUCUUUCUUAUUAAUGUAUUUCUAUCUUUGUUUUUUCUCUCAGCUGCUUCCGCUACGUUGCCAAACCCUCAAUAAUAUGUAUCUCUGUCGAUGAACGAGAUUAAAUAAUAAAGCUUAACUGGAAUAAUUUAAAUAAUUACAACGGUAACACUAUAUUGUUAAAAUCUUAUCAUAUUCCAAAAAUAUUAAAGUUUAUGCAUGGAAUGAAUUUUCGUAUGAAUAUUGCCAUGUUAUUUAUUAUAAAAAUUACUCUAAAUUGAGUAAUCUCGGGCCAUUACGACUUUUUACUUUUGAAUUAUGAAAUUUUACUUUUUCAGUGAGUAAAAAUCAAUCAGAUUAAUUUUUACUCAUACUUAAGAAUAAAAAUGACACCUAGCGGCUGUCUAAAUAAAUUCUCUCUAGUUCAAUUUUUACUCGUCGGUUAUGAUAAAAAGUUGAUGAUUCAAUUUAUAAAAUUUAUAUUGAAUUACAAUAAAAAUUACAAUGAAUAGGCUGAAAUUUCUAUAAGAAAUUCAAAAACCAUCUAAUUGCCUUAGAAUAUGAAUUAAUAUAAAUAUUUUUAAAAAGAAUAAAAAAAAAAUUACUCGUAUUGUGUUGAAAAAGAAAAGAUACAAAUUUUUUUUUAAUUUUAAAAUAAAUAUUAAGUUAUAGAGAGAUACAGAGAUCGUCUUUUUUUCCAAGCCUACGUUUGUGUGCGUAACAUGUCCGUUGUCGCGAGCAAAAUAAAAGACAUUUAAUCGAAGCUAAUAUUAAUCGAAGAUUAACGGAGACUACUGAAAUAUUACUCGACAGUUUAGAGUAAAAAUUACUUCCAUAGAUUAGAAAAUUUAUUCGAGUUAGAAGCAGUUUUUCAUCAAAAAAUUGAUGGGUUUAAAAGAAUAGUGUAUUGGGGAGUAAAAAUUAAUCGCAUGGAGUAAAACUUAAUAGAUUAAGAUGAGAUAUUCGCAAUAGUCGAUUAAUUAUGACUUUUAAAAAAUUACUUAAUAAUAGAGUAAAACAUACUCUAGCAAUGUUAAUAUUUAAACAAAAAAUUUUAAUUUAAAACAAAAAAUACCAAUUUUUUGCAAUAGUCCAGGAUUACUUGAAGUUAUAGAGUAAUUUUUAUCAAAAAAUUCUUUCCGUGUGGCAUGUGGUUUUUUAUUUCUUAAAUUUGGGAGGUUAAUAAUGAAAAUAAUCGAACAAGUCAUGACGGGAGCUUGUCCGCCGUAAGAGCCUGUGUAUAAGAACUUUAAAAAUGUCAUUUUUAAAUCUUUUUUUCUAAAAAACUAGACGGUGGACCAUAUUCAAAUUUAGAGAAUACAUAGAUAAAGAAUAGAGAAUACAUAGAUAAAGUACUUCUUUACAUGUAUACUAAGUUUCAAAUCUUAAAGUUAGAAAAUCUUUUUUACACUAGAUUCGGUCAAACCUCCUUAAAUGCUCAAUUAAUAAAAUUCAAAAGUUUUUUGAAAAAAUCUUCACAAAUACACAAUUUACAAAAAAAAAUGAACAUGAACUUUUUCGUCAAGAAUUUAAUUUCCUACAAAAUUGUUCCUAUGAUUUUUUCCUCUAAUCUGUAUAUUUCAUGAGAUAUUUUUAAAAAACCGCGACUGUAUCGAAAAAUAAACUCUGAUCGUCCUUCAACACGUGUUCUUUUUACUUGAAAAGAAAAAACCAAAUUCCCCAUGUAUUUUUUCACUAAAAAAAAGCUUUUUAUAGUGCGCCUGAGAUAAUUUAAUUUUUAAUGACCACCCUAACAUACAUUUAUGUAUAAAAAAAAAAAUGAGUUAUGUACAAUAGAUUAUCGAAAACCGAAAGCAGUUAAAUAUGAAAAAAGUGUGAAAUUUUUAACCAAUAUAUGACGAAAAUAAUAUACUUACAACUGUAGAACAAAAAAAAACGAAAUAACUGCCAAGCAACAUCAGAAAUCAGUAUUUAUAGCAUCGCGCGAAACCUUUUAUUAUUUUUGAAUUAGAAUAAUUAUAAAUAAUUCCGAUGUUAAUUUAAAAUAUAAGUUUGAAAUAUAAAUUAGAUCCGAAAGUAGUAAGCGUGCGUAUUAAAUGAUCGCUAAAUCUUAACCGCGAUAAAUUUUGUCAAAUAGAUUUUAUUGAGAAAGUGAACAAUAAAAAUAAUAAAUAUUUUAAUAUUUAAUUUUAUGUCGUAACUAUCUUAUUUUAUUAUCGUUAAUAUUUUUAUAAAAAUUGAAUAUUAAAAUAUUUAUUUAUUUAAAUUUAUGAGAUUGAUGGUAUAAAUCAUAGUUAUUAGGUUGUUAGACAGUUGAUAAUAAGUUUAAAAAUCCUGAAGUGGUUGUUGUUAUAGAAUCAAAUACAAUUUAUUGUAAAUUAUUACUAUUUUACUAAUUGACCUUUGCUAAUAAUAGUAUAUAUGUUAAAUCUUGCACGCAUUAUAUAUGAUAAUGAUAAAAAAAAAAUAAUGAACCCUGAGAGGAUUUGUAAAAACUGGCUUGAAUGUUUACGUGACUAUAUGUGCUAUUAUUAUUAUUAUUAAUAGUGUUAUCAUUACAAUAAUUAUUUUAUAUUUUGAGUGAGAGUUAAUCCGAGUUUAUUAAAAAUGAAAUGAUUACUAGGCUUAAUUAAUUAGUAUAUUAUUGAAGCAAUAAGAUGUAAAGAGCUUGAGCUAUUCUUUAAUUUUAGACGCCGCGUCGUUGUUGACAAUUUUUGACGGAAAAAAAACUAUACAUACAAAAAAAAAUUAUUAAAAUUUAAAGUUAAUUAAUACUGUUUUCACUUUAAUGGGUUGAUUAAAGGAUUUAAUUUAUUAAAGUAAUCAAUUAUUAUUAAGAAAAUUAAUUAUUUAAUUUAGUACGACAGAUAUAAAUAUUAAUGAUUAAAAAUAUACAUUUAAUUUUAUUUUUUUAUAUAUUAUGACUAAUUUUCCUUUUUUUUUUUUUAUAAAUAUUUUUUUUAUGUAGGAUUUAUCGGUAAUUAUUGUUUGUUCCGCUGGGUAUUUGAUAGUUGUUUAAGCCCGUAAACGGUACUAGGAUACUUAAUAUAUUGAAAUAAAAACAUAAAUUAUUUUUUAUCAAAGGAUAGGGUAGAAGUCCCAUUUGUGGCCACUGUUCCAUUUUUGAACAUUUAAUACUUUAUUUUAAUUAAUGAAAAAGUAUUCAAAAAAAAUGCUAUUGUAAUAGUAAGAUUAAAGUAUUUUUUAAAACAUUAGUUAUGUCAUUGCGUAUUUUACGAUUUAUUUUGUUUAAAUUUUUUAAGUGCCCAAAAACGGUACUUCUAUCCUAUUGCGUGGCAAAGAAUGGAACAAAAUAAUUAUAGACGAGAGUAAAGUUGAUUGUCCGAUUAAAUAGCAAGGGAUGACAUCACCUGUAGUCUGCAAUCGUGUUUUAUCCUGUGCCUCGCACUAUAUUUUACAUAUUACCUGCAUUGAUACUGCGAGUUCUAGUGCCUGACGGUAAAAAAAAUGAGUGUGAAUGUAACAGAUAUCAAACAAAUUUAAAAUUAUAAAUAAUUUUAAAAAAUAAAAUUAAAAACAAAUGCGCAUUUAAAAAAUCAAUACAUGCAUUUUUUUUAUUAUUUCGAAUUUUAAAUUUGUCUGAUGUCUGCUACAUUCACACUCAUUAAAAAACGGCUGAUUUCUUAUCAAUAGUGAGGCAAAAAUGCCGUUUUUUUUAAUAUGCAAAUUUAAGUGAAUGAAAAAAAAUAGACUUUUAUUUAUUGAAAAAAUUUUUUUUAUUGGAAUUCAUAUUUUUUUUUAUUUUCGAACACAAUAAUUUGGUUGGUUAUUAGAGUUACAUAAAGGUUUACAAUAAACAAAUGUGAUAAUAACAGGAAUAAAAUGAUGUAAGAAACUAUUCCCUAGGAAAGAAAUUUAGUAAUUUUUACCCGUCGCAUUAGCCUGAAAUUGAAUAGUUUCGACUGGCAAAACAGGCAUUCAAACUCGCAGUUUCAGGGCCAGUUUUUCAGUUUGAAAUUUUUUUAAAUCUAGUUUUUCAAACCGGGUUUAUUUUUAGUCAGGUUUAAAUUAAUAUUGCUAGUAUAUCUAUUAGGGUGGCCCAAAAGAACCGACUAUUUUUUUUUUUCGAGUCUCUUAUGGAAAUUUGUUGGUUUACGAUGUUUUAAGAAGCCUCUCCAAAAAUCAGAUAAAAAAUUUUCGAGAGGUCGCUCACGAAUUUUGAAAAUAUCAAAAAUUAUUGAAAUUCGGAUUUUUUACUUAUAAAUUUUUUCUUUCUCACGGCAGCAGUAGUUUGUAUUUGUAAAAUCAUGUCUAUGUUGAAACUUUGAGCCCAAAAUUUAAAUAUUUAAACGGCACUCAAGAAUUUUGAAUAUUAACUGAUAAUAUGUGACUAAUACUUUGAAUUAGUUUUUGUAUUUUUUUAUAACUUAAUUAUUGUCAUUUCACUAAAAUAUAACUUUUGCAUAACCAAAAAUAUACAGGGCAGUCUUAAAUAAUAAAAUUUGCUAAGUUUUGAAUAAGCGAAAAAACCUAAAAAUUAAAUUAAAAAAUAAAAAAGUAUGUAAAUAACUUAUUAUUUCUAUUUCCGCACAGUGAGAAAUUUUGUGUUGAAUUCAACACAAAUCGUGUGUUGCAAACGGUCUACACAAAUUUUUGUGUUAAAUAGAAUUAAAUACAUAAAAUCUGUUCUUUUGACAGAAAAUUUGUGUUCAUUUAACAGAACAUUUGUGUAAAUUUAACACAUUUUUCGUGUUAAAAUCAACUAAUAAACAUAAGCACUUAACCUAACCAACUCGAGUAUACUGAUUCUUAGUAGAACUUAUGUCAAUUUAGCGAACAAUUGAUCCAGUUUAAAAAGAUAUGAAAGUUAUCUAAAUUUAAUUGUAAAAUAUAUAUAUUAAAAUGUAAAUAAAUUAUAAUCCAAAUUUCCCUGCAAACAAUGCUGCUACAAUGCUUUGCUUGGUUAUAGUAAUGAAGAAUUGCGCGGGAAUGUUUAGUCAAACAACACAAAUUUCGUGUCAAUUUUUGAAUAACACAAGAAAUGUGUUACAUUCCAGAUUUUUUAAUCAUUUAACAAAAAAAAUCUGUUAAAGUAAAAUAACACAAUUGGUUUGUGUUGAAUUAACAGAUUUCUGUGUUAAAAAUCAACACAAAAAAUUUAACCAAAUAAUUUUUUAACACAAAUACACAAAAUUUCUAACCAUGCGAGUUAUAUUUCCAUUCAUUGUCAUGUUAAUUGAUGGUAAAAAAAAUCGAGAAGCUUGAUUAUCAAUAUUCUCGGGUCGCUCGAAAACGUUCAAAAGACAACACUCGGAAACAUUCAAAAUUCUUGAGCGAGGUUUAAAUAUUUAAAUUUUGAUCUUAUAUUUUCAGCGUAGUUAUGAUUUCACAAAUAUAAACUAUUGCUGCUACGAGAAAGAAAAAAAUUAGAAAUAAAAAUUCAAAUUUCGAUCAUUUUUGAUAUUUUAAAAAUUCGUUAGCAACUUCUUGAAAAUUCUUUAUCGUCGGUUUUUGGAGAGGCUUCUUAAAAGAUCGUAAACCAACAAAUUUUCAUAAGAGACUCGAAAAAAAAAAAUAGUCGGUUUUUUUGGACCACCCUAAUAUGUAUAUUAAUAGUAUAUAGAUAUAACAGCAAUAAUUUCAACCCGGAUUAAAAAUAAACCCAGUUUGGAACUGGACCUUAAUCGGAUUAAAAAAUCUCAGAUUGUAAAACUGGUCCGCAAUGCAGGUGGUGUAGAAAUUACAUUACUUAAAUAUAAUUAUGUUGGUGAGUUGUCGAUUGUUUAAGAUGUGGAAGUAUAAAAUGUAUGGAAAAAAAAUAGACAUCACUAAAUAAUUAAAAGAUGAAGAUUUUUGAAUGAAUAUUUUAAAUAAAAUGUUUGUAAUUUAUAGUGGAUUGUUGACUAAAGAAUACCUUAAAAAGAUGGACAAUCAUUGUCAUGUACGUCGUAGAUUAAUGGAUUUAAUGUUAUAAUUAAUAUACUGUCAAAUAUUUAUUUAUCUUUUUUCGGCAAAAUUUUACGCUUAAUUAAAAUAAUUAACACAAUUUUGUGAUCUCCAUAUAAAUUAGUCAAUAAGCCGAUCGGCGACACGUCAAGAAAAACCCCGUAGUGAAUAAAUUUAUAAAUUUUAGUUUUUGUUCAGAUGUUAAUAAAAAUUAAAUGAUGAGUUGACUAUAAAUGACGGACAAUCCAUUAAAUGUUUAUGAUCUACGUUUAUUUAAAAUAAUUAAUGAUCAUCACUUACUUUGUAAUUUACUUACUAGUAUUUUAAACUUAUUUUUUAUUUAUUUGAUAAAAAAAAGAGAAUAUGUUAAAAAUAUUGAAGUUUGUUAUUUAAUUAAAAAAAAUUUUUUAUUAAAAAUUUA